AUGAAUAACGAUCCAGAAGAAAACAAAAUUAAAAUACAAACAGACCUUUUAAUUAAGCGAAUAAAUGGAAUAUCACCUUUAGUCCAACCUUCAUAUUUUCCAAUAACCCUUGCCGCAAAAGAAUCUACCGAUAUUAAGGAUUGGGCUGAUCGGUUUAAUAAAUUUAUUUAUGUUCAUAAUUUAACUAAAAAUCAAGAAUAUUUAAAUAUUGCAAAAAAUGAUAUUAGUAAAUUGAUUAAAGAAUCAAUUCCAAAUUUUGAACGUAAUGACUUUGCUCGGAAGAAAAAAUUUCAUCAAGCAAUGUGUUUUUUGUUUGAAACUGUAGAAAAAAAAAAGAUACCCCUAGAAUUUUGUCAUAGUCAAUUACUUGGUUUGGGCUUCACUGUUAAUUAUUUUACCGAAAGUAAAGAAAAUGAAGUUCAGCAAGUUAUCAAUCAUUUUGUUGAAAAAUGUCCUGAGAAAUUCAGUAGUGGUAAGUAA